GUGCAGCGGUCGUCAUGGCGACGGCGCGUGCAGUCAAAAAGCCGCCACGGGCUCCUGUUGCGCGUGCACGCGGGAGAUGGUCGCACUUGUGCCAUUUGCUGCCGUCGCUGCUGCGUCUUCUUCUCCUUCUUCUUGGUGUUGUCGUUUCUGUUGUUGUUGUGUGUCGGGGGCGCGAUGGCGUCCAACACGGCCGAGCCGGCGGCGGCGGCGGCGGCCACCACGUUGACGACCGCCGAGCUUCCCACCGGAGCCGCCGUGUGCACAACUCUACCGGACCUCCUCUACCUACCUGAACUGAUUUUCGGGGGUCUGGUGUGGAUCCUGGUGGCGUGCACGCUGGCGCUCCCGGAGAACCCGCUCGGCUGGCUCAUGUUCGUGAGCGUCUUCUGCUUCGUCGCCACGUUUGUGUGGAGCGUCCUGUUCUUGUGCGGCUGUCAUUCCAACAAAAGCCGCUGGGCGGCAGCAGACUUCGCGUAUCACUUGACGGCUGCCGUCUUCUACCUCAGCGCCUCCGUGACCUUGGCAAAGGUCACGCUGGACAUGGAGAACGCAGGAAACUUCCAGAACUACCAGCUGGACAUCUCUGCUGUGGUGUUCUCGUACGUGGCCACGCUGCUGUACUUCGUACACACCAUCUUGUCGGCUAUGCGCUGGAAGACCUUCUAGAACAUUUUCAUCUGUCCAUCAGUACGCACACACACGCGCACAUUUUUUGCAUGGUUGCCAUUGCUGAUUUCUGAAAUGUAUAUAGCAUUUGGUUUAUUUUUAACUUAUUUGACAUUGUUCAUUCAUGACAUUUAGAUUAGAUAAUUGUAUUGUGACAUUGAUAUUUGAAAAAAAAAUAUUUAAAAUAUUCCUUUUUGCGCAUUUCUAUUUCACGUUGCUUAUUUAUGACACAUUUCAUUUGAUAUCAAUUUGUUUAUUUAGCACACUUACCUGUAUAUGUGAAAUUGUUGAUUUAUACCACAUUUUUUGAUGACAUUGACAUUGUUUAAUAGUCACAUAUUUACAUAUGGCUCUAUUUAUUACAUUUAUACUACAAAUUGUUUUUUUUGCAAAUAAAUUUUGAAUAACUUCAUUGGGAUGAGACUGUUCUCAACUUUGCGUUGGACUCCAUGACAGUGUUGUGUGUGUGUGGUUGCCAAGGUUACCAUGUUUCAGGUGGAACGCUGCUCAGCGACCCCUGAAGACCACCGCGACGAUGUCUCACAAUGUUGUCAUGCGUCUGACCUCUGAACCUUUUGCAACAGA